UAAAAAUUUUUUAAAAUUUUAGGUUUCAGGAAACUUUAGAUAUAUAUGUGAUUUUUCGACUAUUCAAAAGAAAUUGUAAAAUUUUAUCUCUCUGCGGGGCUGUUGGUUUCCAUCUCGGUGACAAAUGAUUUGAUGGCCUUGAAAUCAGUCGAUCAAAUUGUAGUUGGAAACGAACAGUCGGAAGGCGUUGGAGCUCGGGUUCGAAGGACGAUCGGAAGUUACUCGUUGAGACGCUUGGAUCCCUUCCUCUUUUUGGAUGAGUUCAAAGGCGAGUGGCCCAAUGGGUUUCCAGACCAUCCUCACAGGGGAUUCGAAACUGUUUCUUACCUUCUGAAAGGAGCGUUUCAACACGAAGACUUCACAGGAGCGGCUGGUUUGUUAGAAGCCGGAGACGUCCAGUGGAUGACUGCGGGUAGAGGUAUCGUGCACUCGGAGAUACCGGGCAAAAAUGCUGGGCCUGUUUGGGGACUACAGCUCUGGGUCAAUUUGAAAGCGAAAGAUAAAAUGGUGGAACCCAGGUACCAAGAGAAGAAAGCCAAAAACAUUCCUAGAGGUGAAAAAGACGGAGUGAGUGUUGCAGUGAUAGCGGGCGAAAGUAUGGGAGUGAAGAGUCCCGUGCAAACUUUGACACCAGCCUACUAUCUGGAUUUCACAAUUGAACCGGGCUGUUCGUUCACGCAAGAUGUGCCUCAGGGUUGGAACUCGUCUUUAUAUGUUGUACAGGGCUCAGUUACUAUUAACUCAGCGAAAAAAGUCAAUGUUCACGAGUUGGCAGUUUUCUCAAUCGACGGAACUAAAAUUUCGAUGAGCAACGCGGCCACUUCAAGUGAACCAGUAAAACUUAUUCUCAUAGCUGGCCAGCCAUUAAACGAACCAGUUGUACAACAUGGUCCAUUUGUACUAACAAACGAAGAAGAUUUGAUGAAGACAUUCGAUGAUUAUCAGAAGGGAAAGAAUGGGUUUGAAAAAGCACCUGGCUGGAAAUCAAAGCAAGGAACAGAAGCUUUGAAAGCGAGAGGAAAACAAGGUCGAGAUUUGUAACACAUAUCUAGAUUAUUUAGUCAAAAAGUCAACAUUAUUGUUCGUGUCAUAUCUGUUCUAAAUUCAUCGAGCUACUUAAUUGUCAAUUUUCGACUUUCGUAAAAUGAAAACCAUAGAAAAAGUAGAUUUUAUUUUCUCAACUGAUUAAAGUUGAAAU